UGUGGCAGCCGUUUUUCUGCUCAUGCGGCAGGCAUCUUCUAGAGGAGGCGUUGAAUAUACAUACUCAGUAUAUUAACCAUGUGCGUGUGUGGGCGCAACAUGGCUCUUUAGCAGUUACGUGCAUGCAUUUUUCGGUGAGCCCCGUUUCGAAAGCCCUGUGAUGAUUGUGUUUGCGUGGUCAUGUUCGCCGACGACGCUGAGGGCCUAAUCGAAGGCGUCGGAAACGAGGUCCUCUUCACAGUCCCCGUCGUUGCGGCCGUCGUCUUCGGCCUGCUCUGUUUUGCCGGAUUCCACGAAAAAGGACUGGGCUUGGGCAGAGAUGGGAAACAUGUUCGGCAUGUCGACAGCCACAUCACAGCAGACGAGGCUAACGAGAGGUGGCAGCAACGGAGGCAGCUUUUGUCAAGUCCACUGCCAGCCGCAUCUACAAGGGCGAGGCUGGACAAUGGGGCUGCGUUGCCUGCACGUGGCAGCAUGGCAGCGCACUAUGGAUCGGACGCGCAGUGCCCCAUCUGCCUGGGCGAGCCCCGACACUCCGUGGAGACCAACUGUGGACACCUCUUCUGCGCUAGCUGUCUCGUCUCCUACUGGCACCAUGGCAACUGGAGAGGGGCAGUCAGGUGUCCGGUGUGCCGGCAACAGGUGUCUGUGAUGCUGCGCUGUUUCCAAGACCAACACUUGCCAGAUGAAACGGAUGCACAGCGUGAGGAAAGAGCUCGCCUGCUUCGAGACAUCAAUGACUACAACCGCCGAUACUCAGGGGAGCCCCGGCCAUGGCUGGACCACCUGCGAGACCUGCCGACAUUGCUGCGCCAUGUGGGCUCCGAAUUCUUCUCCAUGGGCGGCAUCAUGUACAUGUUUCGAUUGCGCAUUGUGCUCUGCUUUGUGGCUGCCAUCAUGUACCUCAUUUCGCCGCUGGACAUGAUUCCGGAGGCCAUCUUUGGCAUCCUCGGUCUGCUAGACGACCUGUUUGUGGUGCUGCUUCUUGCCAUCUAUGUGACUGUCAUCUAUAGGCGGUUCCUGGCCACUCGUUGGCAAGAGGACACUACCUGAAUUUGACUACAGAGGCGUACUGUGAUGCGCACUGUGUACACGUGACUAGGUGUGCUACAGUUUCUAAGGAAACCAUUCUGGGCGUCUUUUAUCGACAAUGUAUGGUUAUGGUGCACUCUAAUUUACAGGGAUUUCUCCUGUUAUGAAAUGCUGCUGCAGACAUUGUAAGGUAUGCAAUGCUGCAGGGCACUGCUCGGUAUUCGCGCACUGCUCCUAACUCUCUGUAGGGCAGCGUUGAUCAUUGUACACUGUCAGGUGAGUGGUGCCAGUCGUGACUAUGAGAAAGCCUUUGUGCAAGCGACAGUAGCUCAGACAGGGUAUCGCAGAUGAGUUAGGGCAUGCUGUCCUUACAGCGGUGUUUGCCUCCACAUUCUGCAAAAGUCCACUCAACUAACAUUGCACCUACUGUUUGUUACGAAAUAAAUCCUUGUUAUUCAAAAAAUGA